AUUCACAAGUAAACAUAUUUCUGGCCACAACAUUUUGGCGCCCCUAAAAUAUUGGCAUCUGGGGCAGUUGUACCCAGCCUCCUCCCUAAAUGCGGCCCUGAUUACUAGAAGUCAAAUCGAAAAUAUUUAGCAGCAUUUGAUCAAACAAUGUGGAAAAAUUGAAAACAUAUGUUCAAGAUGCCUAUAGAGUAUUAUUUAUUAUGCGCUGAGGGAGUAUGGACUAGGUAAGAAUGGAUCGCUUAUAAAAGAAAUCGAGAAAUAAUAUUUUAUUUCAUUUAUUGUUCAACGUUCACAUUAUUUUUUAUUAUUAUUAUAAUAUUAAAUCAAAAUGAAUUUUUUUAAACAAUAUUUAACGCUUACUUUUAUAGUAAUUUCGGUUUGGAAUAUGUGUGAAGCAGAUUUAACUGCAGAAGAAGUUAAGAAUCUCUGUUUAGGUCUUGUAGAUGCUUGUAAAAUCGAUUUAGCAACAAUUGAAGUAAUAAAAACCGAUGUCUCCAAAGAAUCAUUUGCUUCUAGUUCCAAUGUCCCCAACGCAACAAUUGAAUUAGAUGACAAUGACCAUGAAGAAAUUGUUAAAGAAAUUCAUGAAAGCAAGUAUUAUAGUAUUUUAUUUGAUGAAACGACGGAUAUUAGUCAUAUUUCACAGAUGAGUUUAAUAAUUAGAUAUCCAUAUAAAGGGAUUAUAAAGGAAUGCUUCAUGGGUUUUAUUAACUGCCAUGAUAUUUAUGAUGCCACUGCAACUGACGAUGAUAAAAUUGAACAGGUUGAGAGGAAUCCAGAGACAUUUGAACCAAAGCUCACUGGUGAUAUAUUGGGAGAAGUUGUGGUAAAUAUGUUGAAGAGUUUGACAUUAAAUUUAAAAAACUGUGUUGGAAUAGGCACUGAUGGAUGUGCAGUUAUGGUGUCUAUUACAAGAGGUGCUGUCAAAAAAGUCCAAUCGCAUGCAACAAAUACUUUACAUAGCCCAUGUUCAAACCAUGCAUUAAACCUAUCAAUAUCUAAAUCAUCUAAUGUACAAGUAAUCCGUAAUACCAUAGGGAUAGUCACAGAUGUAAUUUCUUUUUUUAAUUUGUCGUCUAAACGCAAUUUUGUCUUAAAAAAAGUUUUAAAUCACAAACCACAUCAUAAAAGUUUGUGUGAGACAAGAUGGGUUGAACGCCAUGAUUGUAUCGGGAUUUUCAAAUCUUCUUUGUCUGAUAUUGUAGAAUCUUUAUCAUUAAUUUCGAAUUGGCAAGAACAAAUUUCUUCAUCAAAAGCAAAAAUAUUAUUGUUGGCACUUUGUACAUGUGAAUUUAUUAAUGGAUUGCAGUGUCUAUCAAGUGUAUUGUGCGUGACAUCUAAGAUCAGUAAACUACUACAAGCAGAAUGGCAAGAUGUAUGUCAAACUAAAGAAAUUAUAACUGAUGAUAUUAAUAAUCUUGAAGAAAAAAGAAAAAACUCUAUUGAAAAUUUCCAUGAACUCUAUAUUGAAACAAAAGAAAUUAUGUUGAACUUAGAAGUCGAAGAAAAACUGCCCCGUUUAACUGGUCGUCAAACUAAAAGACCUAACUAUCCUGUUUCAUCAGUUGAAGAGUAUUACAGAGUGUCAGUAUAUAUUCCUCUGGUAGAAAAUAUAUUAAAUGAUAUGAAGGAAAGAUUUAAUAAUGAAAAAAAUCAAGCUUUUUUAUUUUUAUCUCAACUUACUCCUAAAAACAUUAUUAAAACUAACAAUGAUGAUAUUGUUAAAGUAGUUGAUGUCAUUAAAAAAUAUUAUACAUUUGAAGAUAUGGAUUUUAUUGAUUUGGAAGCAAUGAACCUUAAAACUGAAAUUAACCUAUGGAAAUCUAAGUGGAUAAGAAUAAAAGAUGAAGGUGGACAUGUCAACCUAGAUGUCAUCACUUCUGCGGAAACUUGUAAUGAGAUACUUUAUCCAACUGUAAAGAAGUUGCUUUUUAUUUUAGCAUGCUUGCCUGUUAGUGUUGCAUCAGCUGAAAGAUCAUUUUCUACUCUUAGAAGAUUAAAAACAUGACUUAGAUCUACAAUGGGGCAAAAUAGAUUAAGCGGAUUGGCUUUAUUGUAUGUGCACAGAUCAAUAAGUAUAAAUAUUGACAAAAUUAUUGAUAAAUUUUCACAAAUGAAAAAAAGAAAUAUUGAUUUUAUAAUUUAAUAAAUAUAAUAUUGUUUUACUGUAAUUUGAACUUUAUUGUAUUUUAUUUACCUUUCUUAAGAUAUGCAAGGUGUAAAAGAUGCAACUAUGCAAGUAUAAAAUGGACCACUGGACUAGUAAUCAAGAAUACGCGAAUAUAUAUAAAAAAAUAUUGUACUUAAGUAGUGUAUAAUGUUCUUAAAUUUAGUACCACCCCCCCCAUAAAAUUAAGUCAAAUACGCCACUGUUAUAGACUCGGAUGCUUUGUAAAUUAUGCUGGUUGACAUAAGGAACACGUCAUGUAAUUUAAUGUAUAUUGUUAUCUUUAUCGACUUUACCAAAAGACCCGACUUAUCUUAUUUUCAAUUAGUUUGAAUUUGAAAUGUCGUGGUAAAUAGGUGGAAA